CUUCAGGAGGCGGCCGCGCGGCCCGCUCCGACCUGCGGGGCCCGUGGCCGCAUGGCUUCGGUGUCCGCUGCGGCCCUUUCGGGCCGCGGGGCCCGGAACCUGCUGCAGUUCCUGCGGCUGGUGGGGCAGCUCAAGAAGUGCAGACUCCUGGGGAGAAAAUGCAGUCUCACACGAUCACAUCCUGAUCUGAACAAAAGGCAGAACAUGACUGGUGGUAGCAGGACCAACUAGAAAUGCCUUCCUCCUUUCUGCUUCCAAAUUGGGAAGUCUAUCACUUGUUCAAGAGAGUCCCCCGGACUGGCUGGGUAUACAGAAAUGUGGAGAGGCCAGAGAGUGUAUCAGAUCACAUGUACAGGAUGGCAGUUAUGGCUCUGGUCACCAGAGACGACCAUCUCAACAAGGACCGAUGUGUACGCCUAGCCCUGGUUCAUGAUAUGGCAGAAUGCAUCGUUGGGGACAUAGCACCAGCAGAUAACAUCCCCAAAGAAGAAAAACAUAGGCGAGAAGAGGAAGCUAUGAAGCAGCUAACCCAGCUCCUCCCAGAGGAUCUCAGAAAGGAACUUUAUGAACUUUGGGAAGAGUAUGAGACCCAGUCAAGUGCAGAAGCCAGGUUUGUGAAGCAGCUGGACCGAUGUGAGAUGAUUCUUCAGGCCUCCGAGUAUGAGAACCUGGAGAGCAAACCUGGGAGGCUGCAGGACUUCUAUGAUUCCACGGCAGGAAAAUUCAGUCACCCUGAGAUAGUCCAGCUUGUUUCUGAACUUGAGGCAGAAAGAAACGCCAACAUAGCAGCUCCCACCAGUGAGCUGAGCUCCUGACGUGUCCUCUGUUGCUGCACUCCUGUGACAUUGUGUUUUGCCCUUUCGUGGUGGUGUGUUUUGCCACUGUUGCUGUGUUGAUUCCCCGGAUGUGAGUCUGUUUAUUUUCCAUUGCCUGGACUCCAGUAAGAAACGUGUGAUACAAUCUGGAUAAUAAAAGAAGCUAAGGAACAGGAUGUGGUCCUGAAAAUGCCCUGGAUGAAGGCUGGGGGCAGCGGGGGGGAGCUCUGUAUGAACUAAAUAAAUAAAUUUUUAAAACCUUAA